AUGAAGACUACGACGUUAGCUUCGCUCUCAGCUCUGAUCGCGGUGGCUUCGGCUGCUCCGACGGGCAACACUCAAGUGUGGAACAAGCUGCGCAAGAACAUCAAGCACGUUAUCUACCUGACCCUUGAGAACCAUUCCUUCGACAACAUCGCCGGUUACUGGGACUUCCACCCGGACAUUGACAACCUGCGCAACCGUAGUUUCUGCAAUGAGUACACCAACUCCAACUGGACUGUCUGGGAUGAGCCAUUGGAGAUCUGUGCUGCUCCUUACGAGACCGAGGUGCCAUUGACGGACCCAGACCACAAUUUUGCUGGUGUCAGCUACGAGAUCUUCCGCAAGUGGAAUCCGACUAACGAUGAUACUCCUGAAAUGAGCGGCUUCAUUGAGCGCCAGUCGGAGAAGUAUAGCGAGACUCCCGGUGAUGCUUCUUUUGUCAUCAUGGCCUACGAUGAGAAGAAGACUGCAACUCUGGCGGAGUUGGCAAAGAACUUUGCUUUCUUUGAUUCUUAUUUCGCUGAGCACCCUGGCCCAACCAAUGUCAACCGCCAGUUUGCGACUUCCGGAUCCUCUUGUGGUCUUGUCGACAAUACCGUCCAGUCGUCCGGGUUCUGGAACAAUGUGACCGGAACUACCUGCGCUACAUCUAUCUUCGAGUCUCUGACCAAGAAGAACAUCACCUGGAAGAACUACUAUGAGACUGACAUUGUUGAUGCGUUCAUGUACAAGUGGGUUCAAGACAAUGCCAUGGACCGCCUCGAUCACGCCAGCCAGUUCUACACCGACCUCGAAGAGGGUACUCUGCCCACCUUCUCCUACAUUAACCCCGAGUGCUGCACCAUCGACUCCAUGCACCCGACCAGCCCUAUGGCUUCUGGCGAGCAAAUGAUCAAGCACCUGUACGAUGCACUGCGUCGCUCCAAGUACUGGGACAACGCUCUGCUGAUCAUCAACUUCGAUGAGCACGGUGGCUUUGCGGACCACGUUCCCCCUCCCAUGAACAUCCCCGCACCAAAAGACGGCAUGACCUUCAACGGUACCUCCGACGGCCAUGUCGUGCAGUACGACUUUACCCGCCUAGGAGUCCGCGUUCCCGCUUUCCUGAUCUCGCCUUACCUUUCUGCCAACACUCUCAUCCACGAUCAGGGUACCAUGUAUGAGAAAGACUCCGCUUACACCCACAGCUCUAUUCUGCAUUUCUUGCAGGAACUGUGGGAGUUGGAGGGUCUUAACAACCGUGUUCAGUGGGCGAAGACUUUCGAGACGGUCUUCACUGAUGAGCGUCGUACUGAUACGCCCGAGAAACUUACUACCCCCAAGUGGUUGGGUGGUGCUGGACAGCCGGAGCCGGAUUCCUUUUACCUCCUGAACCAGGAUUACAGCUACUAUGCUGAUAUGUAA